AUUCCCCUCACCUGUUGGGCUUCACUCCCGCGACAAUAUGCUUCGUUCAUGUAUUCUUAUCUUCAUGAAAUAGAUAGUAUAAUGUAGAUAAUUUUUUGUUCUUCUUGGAAUACAGUGCGGAAAUAUCACGUUGUGAUAAAUGCGUAUUUAAUCUUAAGAAGUUAAACGAUAAACGUGUAACUCUUUGAUAAUACAAAUACCACUGCGCAAACUGGGGAACUGAUAAAGUGCCUGUCUCACUGCAAUUUGUAGUGUACUCUUGUUGCAUUACCGUUCAAGCGAGGAGUUGCUGCUACACCAGAGGAGAGAACGCUUGAUCUUCCGUCUAUACAUUAUCUCCUUCAUUUUCGAUCAUCGUUUUUUGUUGUUUAUCGUCGAAACGCUUCGAGUUAAGUCAGCCAAUGAUGACCAACUAAUGCAUCCUUUCUACGUAGUAAAAUUUCUUCAGACAACUUACGAUCAAGACGCCCAUUCGACACGAGACGUAACGCAACAUUGUGACUAAAUAAUAAAUUGUGGAUAUAAAUUGGUGCUCAUCAAAGCAGUUUUCGUACAUGUCAAUUGCCGAGCAAUCAAGAGAAUAGAAUUGGUAAUUACUCUUUCUUAUUUUAUGAAAGUUACUCUCGUGUAUUAUUGUGUGCCAGUGUUCUAAAACUGCCAAUAAACUGCUGCGUGUCAACUUAAAUUACAACAGGAUAGUACAGUUACCACCGGACAGAUCAAAUAUCCGACUUAGAAUUAUUUUAACCGUAAAGUGUGGAACAAUGGAAUGCAACUUCAAUCUUACGAAAAUAUCGUGCAAUCAGACGAUUGACGUAAUGUUCCGGGAUCUAUCGUACGCGGUCCGAACCAGGUAUCGUGGGCCGAAGAAACAGAUCCUCAAAGGCCUGGACGGAAUCUUCCGAUCCACCGAACUGACGGCUAUCAUAGGACCGUCUGGUGCUGGCAAGUCGACGUUGCUGAACAUCUUGAGUGGCUUCCAAGAAGGCUCGUACACAGGAACGGUGGAGUACCUCAACCAAGGCAACAAGCAGAGUCAGCGUAGUUGCAAAAAACAGUUGCGCUAUAUUCAGCAGACGAACAAUCUGUAUGACUAUUUCACCAUCAACGAGAUCAUGAUGAUUGCAAGUUACCUGAAGAUUGAUCGGAGUAUCUCGCGUACGUCCAGGCAGAUACUAAUCAACGAUAUAUUGAGCACGUUAUCGUUAUUGCACAUCAAGGAGACUCGAACUGACCGGCUGAGCGGUGGUGAAAAGAAAAGGCUGAGCAUCGCCUUGGAGCUGAUUGAUAAUCCGUCGCUCAUAUUCUUGGACGAACCAACUACCGGUCUGGAUUCUUCGGCGGCUGUGCAGUGCGUAACCGUGUUGAAGAAACUGGCGAAAACUGGCAGGACGAUUAUCUGCGCCAUACACCAACCCAGCGCAGCGCUUUAUGAGAUGUUCGACCUUAUCUACUUAGUGGUGGACGGCUAUUGUAUGUAUCGUUCGCCGCCUGGCGAUACGGUCAACUACUUUGCCCGCCAAGGUCUCCAGUGUCCAAAAUAUCACAACCCCGCGGACUACAUGCUGGAAGUGGUGUCCAAGGAGUACGGUAACUACGACGAACAGCUGAUCGCGGCGAGCAAGUGGUCUUCUGAGUCGAACGAUGAAGUACGUUCGUCAAACUCGUCAUACGACAUGAUCCAGAACAUAUCCGACAACAAUCAGAUGAUAGCACUGUCGUGCCCGCCGACGGAACUGAUGCGAUUCUGGGUGUUGCUACAGCGCUACAUAAUGUUAACAUAUCGUAACCGCCAGACGGUGUAUAUCUCUCUGAGCGCUCACUUAUUCGUAUCGAUUCUGACUGGUCUGUUUUAUGAACACAUCGGCGAUGAUGCCAACAAGGUAUUCAGCAACUGCUGCUAUUUGUUUCAGAGCAUGUUAUAUCCGUGUUUCGUCGGCCUGAUGACGAACGUGAUUAAGUUUCCCUUAGAUAUUGACAUUCUGCGGAAGGAGUAUUUCAACAAAUGGUACCAGUUGAGAACUUAUUAUAUGGCCACAUUAGUGAGCACAAUACCGUUGCAAAUAAUCUACGGCUUUUUGUACUCGUCCAUUACCUACUACAUGACCAGUCAACCGCCUGAAUUCUCUCGCUUCUUUAUGUUUCUGAUCAUCAUUAACUUAUCUUUUUUCAUUUCGGAAGGUUUGGGUUUAGGAUUGGGCGCGAUUUUCGAACCUGUCAACGGAUUCUUCGUCGGAUCCAUUCUCGUGUGCUCAAUGCUUGCUCUCGCCGGCCUUGUACCUUUCUUCAAGGAUAUGACCAGUUUCAUGUACUACAUCAGUUAUCUGAGCAUGCUGCGAUACGCCUUUGUCGGUGUAGUUCAAUCCGUCUACGGUAAUGAUCGUGAGAAUUUACAAUGCUCAGAUAUUUAUUGCCAUUUCCGGACGCCAGGUACGAUAAUGGAAUGGCUUGACUUGACUAAAUCAUCGUUUUGGUACAACGUUGCCAUUUUGCUCGGCUAUUAUGUUGUGUUUCGAGUUUUGGCUUAUAUAUUUUUAAAAAGACGACUAUCGAGAAUGUAUUAAAGAAAUUAAAGUAAAAAAUAUAGCUGUGCUAUUAUUGUUAUGAACUUUAAUAUUCAAAUAAGCAAAAUGAAAAUUAUAAAUGGAGGUGACCGUAGAACUUACAUGGACAGACACUCCGUGGUUUCGAUAAACUACAUGUCUUGAUUCAUGAAAAUAGUUGCGAAAUGGUGACCGAAGCUUCGGCGAUAGAAUUAUAUACGCGAAAUCACGCAAUUAUGAUUCUGACAAUAUAUUAUUUUUAUGUGCUAAAUGGCGCCUAAUAGCGAUAUUUUAGUUUCUUUUCUUUUUCCUUGAAAAUCGGAGCCUUCGAGCUCCGAGCUCUUGUAUUUACAGAUUAUCGAGCAUCGAACAGAGAUCUUGAGCAGAGCCACAAUUAUAUGAGUAUUGGUAGGAAGUUUUGUGCCAAAAUUCGCUGUGUGUGGUUAGAAAUAAAAGUGUCUUCGCAAUCACCUGAGUCGAAA